AUGCUGUCCGCGAUGCGGCAGAGGCCUGUCGGCAGCCUGGCCUCGCUGGCGAGAGCUGGCUUUGCGCCUUCAAAGAGCCAUGGACGCUUCCUGUGCACCACACUGUCUCGCCAUGCGGACGACAAGCUCAACAAAGUCUCAUCAUCCAUUACACAACCCAAGUCGCAAGGUGCAUCACAGGCCAUGUUGUACGCCACUGGCCUCUCAGAAGAUGAUAUGAACAAAGCCCAGGUUGGCAUUUCGUCCGUCUGGUACGAGGGCAACCCUUGCAACAUGCACCUCAUGGACCUGUCCAAGGUCGUCAAGGAGUCUGUUGCCAAAGCUGGACUGAUUCCGUACCGAUUCAACACCAUUGGCGUCAGUGAUGGCAUCUCAAUGGGCACAGCCGGCAUGCGAUACUCUCUCCAAAGCCGAGAAAUCAUCGCCGACAGUAUAGAGACGGUCAUGAACGGUCAAUGGUACGACGCCAACAUCAGCUUGCCUGGCUGCGACAAGAACAUGCCUGGCGUCGCCAUCGCUUUUGGACGUGUAAACCGCCCCAGCAUCAUGGUCUAUGGCGGUACUAUAAAACCCGGCUGUGGCCAGUCUGGCGAGUCUCUCGAUAUCGUGUCGGCUUUCCAGGCAUACGGUCAGUACAUUACGGGCCAGAUCACCGAAGAGCAGCGCUUCGACAUCAUCCGCCACGCCUGCCCGGGCAGCGGCGCCUGCGGUGGCAUGUACACGGCCAACACCAUGGCCACGGCCCUCGAGACGGUCGGUCUCACCCUGCCUGGUAGCAGCAGCAAUCCAGCCGAGGACCCCAGUAAAAUCGCCGAGUGCCAGAGCGUCGGCGAGGCCAUCAAGAACCUUUUGAAGGAGGAUAUCCGACCUCGCGACAUCAUGACCCGCCAGGCGUUUGAGAAUGCCAUGACGGUCGUUUCCGUUCUCGGCGGAAGUACCAACGCCGUGCUCCACCUUAUUGCCAUCGCCGACUCCGUGGGCAUCAAGCUGACAAUUGAUGACUUCCAGAGCGUCUCUAACCGGGUUCCUCUGUUGGCUGAUCUGAAACCGUCUGGUAAAUAUGUAAUGGAGGACGUUCACAAGAUCGGCGGUACCCCAGCUCUGCUCAAGUUCCUCUUGAAGGAGGGCCUUCUCGACGGCUCCGGCAUCACCGUCACGGGGAAGACCAUGAAACAGAACGUGGAAAACGUUGCCGACUUCCCCUCGGACCAGCAGGUCAUCCGCCCUCUGGGCAACCCCGUCAAGGCCACCGGCCACAUCCAGAUCCUCCGCGGAUCCCUUGCGCCUGGCGGCUGCGUGGGCAAGAUUACGGGAAAGGAAGGUCUGCAGUUCACAGGCAAGGCCAAGGUCUACGACUCGGAAAGCGACAUGAUUGCCAGCCUGGAAAGGGGCGAAAUCAAAAAGGGCGAAAAGUCCGUCGUCAUUAUCCGCUACGACGGCCCCAAGGGUGGUCCUGGUAUGCCCGAAAUGCUGAAGCCCUCGUCCGCCAUCAUGGGCGCCGGGCUCGGCAAGGAUGUUGCCCUCUUGACCGACGGUCGCUACUCUGGCGGUUCUCACGGCUUCAUCAUUGGCCACAUCGUCCCCGAAGCCAUUGUCGGCGGCCCCAUCGCGCUCGUCGAGAACGGCGACGAGAUCGUCAUUGAUGCUGAGAAACAGGUGAUUGAUCUCAACGUCCCCGAGGCCGUCAUGGAGGCUCGGCGAAAGGCAUGGAAGGCACCCGCUCCCAGGUACACCAAGGGUACUUUGAAGAAGUACGCAGCUCUGGUCAGCGAUGCAAGCUCGGGAUGCGUCACAGACGGGUCAAUUCACUGA